CAGUUUUUGUGCUUCCAUCGAAAAUCCCCGGAUUCUUUGCUGUGUUUUGGAAGUAAGCUUAUUUUUUUUUAUAUUACCUACGAGAGCGAAUCGCGCGGGAAAGAGAGAAUUCUGUACAUUUGUACAUUUGUAAGGAAGGGGAAGGUUACAAACAGCCAGACAGACACACGAAAGCGACGCAAACGCAUCAGCCACCUCACCUCACCUUCUGGCUACGCGAGUGCUGGAGAAGAGAUUCCUCGUUACAUCAUCAUUCAUUGAGACUGCGCGAGACGAGCUAAGCUAAGCUGCUACGAGAGAAGAAGCUUGAACCUGCUAAGGGUCCGCGACUUCCAAGAAGCUUCUCCCUUCUAUUCUCCUUUACAUCAACACCACAACACCACCAAACAAAACAAAACAAAACACCCCAUCAAGAUGUCGCACAUCUACCCUCGAGACACAACCUGCUACCGCAACGUCAGAAACUUGUAUGUCCCUCCUCCCAACACCCUCCAUCACAAAAAACCCAACCAACUAACAUCCCCCCAGCGACGGCACCCGCUCCCGCGUCUCCUACCGCUGCUCCGCCUGGCAACGCUACGGCCGCUGGAUCGUCACCGGCGUCCUCCUCUCCCUGUCGAUCUUCUGCCUCAUCACGUACAUGAUCCUCUCGCGCAAACGCAAGCGCGCGCGUAUGCUGAAUAUGCAUACCCAGCCACCGCUGGCGCCCAAUGGCGGGUAUGGUGGGUAUGCGUUGCCGGGUCAGCAGUAUGGGCAGCAGCAACAGAAUGGAUAUGGACAGCAGCAGUACGCGCCCCCGCCCGGUGCGCCGCCGGGGUAUGGACAGGGAGGGGCGAAUGAGGGGUAUUAUGGGCAGCAGGGGGGUGUGGUACAGCCGGGGAAUGUGUAUUCGAAGUAGAGGGGGAUAAUGUAGGAAGGAGGAGGGGAGGGGAUAUGAAAUUUGAACGUUGAGGGAAAUAAGUGGAUCUGAAUGAUGGAGUUGAUGAAUUGAGGUUAUGGAUAUGAUAUGAUAUGAUAUUGAUUCCAUGGAUACGAGGAACAUUGGCGUAAAGUGCAUGGCAGGGGUUUCGUUGAAUUGAAAG